AUGCAACGAUCGAAAACAAAUGAAAUACCGUCAAAGUGGCUUGAUUGUCCAAGAAAAUCAACUAUUAUCGCUGGAAAAUUUAUUGCAUUUAAAACAACACUAGACGAUCGAUAUAACACUGAAAUACCCAUUGUAAAACGGUGGACAUGUAAUAUGUUAAUUAAACAUAUGAAAGAUGAUCAUAAAAAUCUUGGUCUUAUCAUUGAUUUAACGAAUACUGAACGAUAUUAUCGAAGUGAUGAAGAAUUUAUUAAGAAAAAUAUACGCUAUCAAAAAAUUGCAUGUCAAGGACACGAUGAAUCACCAAAUGACGAACAGAUUAAUUUAUUUAUUCAAACAUGUGUUGAUUUUAUUAAUAGUAAUCCAAAUGAUUUUAUCGGUGUUCAUUGUACACAUGGUUUUAACCGAACAGGUUUUCUCAUUUGCGCAUAUCUAUGUCGACAAUCUGAUAAUAGUAUUCAAACUGCUAUCGAUCUGUUUGCAGCAGCUCGAUCACCUGGAAUCUACAAACAAGAUUAUUUAAAUAAACUUAUUGAAAAAUUUGCCACCGACGGUGCAACAUCUAUUCAUGCACCAUCACGACCUGAAUGGUGUCUAGAUAGUAAACGAAAGUGCAAUGAAUUAGACGAGAAACAGCCUAAUAAACAAUUUCGAAAUGAAAUAAAACAAAAUUCUAAUCCUAUGUUUGUUGUUGAUCUAAAUGAUGUAAAACCUAUUUGCACACAGCCUAUGCUUAAUAAUAUUCGAUGGAAAUAUCAACAAAUGUGUGGAUGGAAUCGACAAAGCUUUCCCGGCUCACAACCAGUAUCGAUGAAUUCAAUAAAUUAUCAAACCAUACUUUCAACUCCUUAUAUGGUCAGUUGGAAAGCAGAUGGUACCAGAUAUAUGAUGUUGAUUGAAAAUCAAGAUCGCGUUUACAUGUUAGAUCGUAAUAAUUGUGUAUUUCAAGUCAAUAAUCUAUACUUUCCAAAGGAUUUCGACUGUAAAACACAUCUAAUAAAUACACUCGUUGAUGGGGAAUUUGUUAUUGAUAAUGAUAAUGGUAUUAAACGAUAUCGAUAUCUAAUUUAUGAUAUUGUAAUAUAUAAUAAUCAAGAUGUCGGUCAACAAUCGUAUAGAGAACGUCUUAAUAUAAUACGUCAUGAUAUUGUUGAUGUUAGAAAUCAUGCUACAGUAAAAGGUCAAAUUAACAAAAGUUUAGAACCAUUUUCAAUACGACUUAAAGAAUUUUGGGAAUUAUCAGCAGUGAGCAAAAUACUCAGUCCAAAGUUUCAAUCGCAAAUCACUCAUGGAUGUGAUGGACUUGUAUUUCAACCAGUGUUGAGACCUUACCAACCUGGAAGAUCGGCAAAUAUCUUAAAAUGGAAAGAAGAUAAUACAAUGGAUUUUCUAUUGAAAAUUGAGAGUAUAGGAGAAUCAUCGGAGAAAAGUGCUCUUCUCUUUGUAACUGGCAUGUCGGAUCCAUUUGCAUCCAUUCGUUAUUCAUCAGAACUAGAUCAAUAUAAAAAUCAAAUUAUUGAAUGUUCAUUUCGUGAUAAUGAAUGGUAUUUUUAUCGACAUCGUGCCGAUAAGACAUAUCCGAACGCUCGAGCAACAGCCGAUGGAGUAAUUGAAACAAUACGAAGUCCGAUAACUAAAGAUUUUCUUUGUUCUGCGAUUGAAGAAAAUAUAGCCUUUUCUAAUUAUUCGUAA